AUGGCGGCGCUCCUGGCGCGCCUCUGUCGGGGCGCCCCGGGCGUCCGCGCCGCCCGCCUGCCCCUCGCCGCCGCCGGCCCGCCGCUGCGCCGCCCCUCCGCGCCGCCGGCACCCCCGCGGCCGCUCAGCUUUUCGGCGGCCGAGCUGGUGCGCGCCGCGCCGGGCCCGCUGCGGCCCUACCUGCGCCUCAUGCGGCUGCACCAGCCCACCGGGACGUGGCUGCUGUACCUGCCGUGCACCUGGAGCAUCGGCUUGGCGGCCGAGCCGGGCUGCCUCCCGGACUGGCACAUGCUGUCCCUCUUCGGCAUCGGAGCGGUGCUCAUGCGCGGAGCCGGCUGCACGAUCAAUGACAUGUGGGAUAGCGACUUUGACAAAAAGGUUGUGAGGACAGCAAGUAGGCCUCUGGCAGCUGGAGAUAUUUCCACUUUUCAGUCCUUCAUUUUUCUUGGGGGACAGCUUAGCUUGGCGCUUUGUGUGCUUCUGUGUCUGAAUUACUAUAGUAUCGUUCUGGGAGCAGCCUCUUUGUCUCUUGUGAUAACCUACCCUCUGAUGAAGAGAAUAACAUAUUGGCCACAGUUAGUUUUGGGGCUUACAUUUAAUUGGGGAGCCCUUCUUGGCUGGUCUGCCAUCAAAGGGUCAUGUGAGUGGUCUGUGUGUUUGCCUUUGUACUUCGCUGGAGUAAUGUGGACGCUGGUAUACGAUACCAUUUACGCACAUCAGGAUAAGAGGGACGACAUCAUUAUCGGUGUGAAGUCAACAGCAUUACAGUUCAAGGAGGAUACAAAGCAGUGGCUCAGUGGCUUCAGCCUUGCAAUGCUCCUGAGUUUGUGCAUGGCAGGAAUGAAUUGUAACCAGACAUUCCCGUAUUACUCAGCUGUGGCUGCCAUAGGGGCUCACCUAGCGCACCAGAUUUACACUUUGGACAUAGACAAACCUGAAGACUGUUGGAAGAAAUUUGCUUCAAAUCGCACUGUAGGAGUUCUGCUCUUCAUAGGGAUUGUGCUUGGAAAUUUGUGGAAACGAAAAGACUUAAAAAAUGUAGAAGAGCCUGUAGCAAACAGGUAGUUGAAAUUACUGUAAAUACUGAUAUUUUAGUCCAGCUAAAAUGUAAGUACUAUAAGAAGGAAAACACUUUUAACAUAACUAUAGAGGCUUUAUACUGUUUAUGUAUAAAAGCUGGUGAAAACAUUCUUGUUUCUAAAAACGUGCAAAUGAGACUGUCCUACAAUGUAAGUUUUGAUUAUCCUUAAAUGACUUCAGCCUCCAUAGAAGCUUCAACAAGUGAAGCUCUGCUGGUCCUGUGUAGUACAAGCAAACUUCUGUCAAGCUCUCAAGACUGUGAGCCCAAGAUUUUAUACGAAACAGAUGUCUCUUAGUGACAGCACGUGGGAAAAUGCAAAGUGAUUUCAGGAUGUAAAUAAAAUCUGGCUGUACAUGUUUGGUGUUCUGAUUUAUUACAUGACUAAUUUUCAGUUUGAGUUGGAGCUUGUGGCGUGAAAGAAUUGCAGUAACAAUUUUUAUCCUGAGAUGUCUGGAAGCAGUGAGUGUGUGAGGUCCAGAAUAAGAAGUCAAUAGAGAAGUAAUUAAAAUUACCUUUUGCUCUUGCUGUGAUUGCUGGCAGUGGUUCCUUUUCACAUGAAAAGAACAGGCUUCUGCAAAGUUGCCUGCACAGAGUGAGCUGAGCUCGUUUAUCAAGAAUGAUUUGAACACAGACUACUGACUUAAAAUAAAAACAGAGCAGC